AUGGCUUCUUCUUCAAAUAAUCACAAUAACCCUUUCGAUGAAUCAAGUCAUCGCACAAUUGAUCAACAAGUUGAUGAUUACUAUGAUCAAUACGUUGAUCAGGCUUUUGAUGCUAUUGGAAGGCCUGGUCUCUCGGGACUUCAAAAAUGCACCGCAGCAAUUCGUCUUUUGGCUUAUGGAACUGGAGCUGAUGCAGUAGACGAAUACCUUCGGCUUGGUGAAUCUACGGCUCGCUCCUGUUUGGAACAUUUUGUUGAAGGAAUAAUACAUUUGUUUGGUGAUGAAUACCUACGAAGACCCACACCUGAAGAUCUUCAAAGAUUACUUUAUGUUGGAGAGGAUCGCGGUUUUCCCGGAAUGAUAGGAAGCAUCGAUUGUAUGCAUUGGGAGUGGAAGAAUUGUCCCACCGCUUGGAAAGGACAAUUUACACCUUACUAUCUCACGGAUGGUAUCUAUCCAAAUUGGGCUACGUUUAUCAAAUCUAUACCACUUCCACAGGGAUCAAAAGCGACUUUAUUUGCUAAACGUCAAGAAGGUACCCGAAAAGAUGUCGAACGUGCUUUCGGAGUCUUGCAAGCUCGGUUUGCAAUUGUAAAAAACCCGGCUCUUUUUUGGGAUAAAGACAAAAUCGGAAAGAUUAUGAGAGCAUGUAUCAUUCUCCACAAUAUGAUAGUAGAAGACGAACGAGAAGGAUUAACUCAAUAUGAUCUUUCAGAUUUUCAACACGGAGAGGGCCACGGUAGUUCACAGGUCGAUCAUGACUAUUCAACAGAUAUGCAUUCAAAUAUUGCUGAUAUGUUGAUUGCUCGAAAGAAAGUUCGAGAUACACAAGUACAUAAACAAUUGCAAGCUGAUUUGGUUGAACACAUUUGGCAGAAAUUUGGAGAUGAGGAAGAUGAUAAUUGA